AUGAGCUCAGUCAAUAUCGCACCUAAGCCCGUGCCUGCGGGUGCUUGGGACACCCACCUUCACAUCUUCGAGCCGGGACGUUUUGCCUUCGCAUCAGGAAGACACUUCACCCCCUCAGUCGCAACUCUCGGGCAACUCCUGGAUUUUGAAGACUUCAUUGGCGUCUCACACGUGUGUAUCGCCCACGGCCUGUCUUACGGAGCGGACUGCUCGUCUCUGCUGUACUACUUGGAGCAUUUCAAUGGGACGGCCAGAGGCAUCUGUGUACUCGAUCUAGAGACAGUCACAUACGACCUUCUUGACAAGUACCACAACGCCGGCAUCCGAAGCGUUCGUCUGGAUUUCUUCAAAGCCCAGGCGAUGAACGACGUCAAUAAGCAAGUCAAUCUCAUCGAGGCGACGGCCAAUCGCUUGCUUCAGUGGCAUCAAAGCGGCAAGGGAUGGAGCAUUCAGAUUCAGCAACCAAACAUUUCUCAUUGGAAACAACUGGGUGCUGUCAUUCAAAGAUCAAAGGUUCCGGUAGUCCUUGACCACAUCGGACUCGUGAAGGCAUCGAGUAUGGCCCCUGAGGGGUCUGUGCCCGUCACGCAGCUGUCUGGAUGGAACGAUCUUCUCGAUACCCUGCGGAGCGGGAAUCUCUGGAUCAAGAUCUCAGCGCCUUACAGGUGCUCUCGCGCAGACCCAGACUUUGACGAUCUGAAGGAUAUUGUACAGCAACUCGUCCAGACGAACUCGAAGAGGCUGGUUUGGGGCAGCGACUGGCCGCAUACCCAGCGUCACGAGGAUAGGCAUCUUCGGAGCAAAGAUGAACAGGAGCCGUUCUUGAAGAUUGAUGAUCGCGCAUGGAUUCGGUCUUUGAGCACUUGGUUCAGUGGUGAGGAAUGGCAAGAUUUGUGGGUUAACAACCCUUCUACUUUGUAUGACUUCCCAGCAAAGAGCUAG